UCAUCCAAAGAGGAGCCUUCCUCAGAUAGCAGACAUUUGGAGAUUCAAAAUUGGAGCUCGAGAGAGAGAGAGAGCUCCUCGCCGAGCACGCCAAACCCGGCCGUCGGGGUCGAAAGCGAGGCGCGGCCCGACUCCCCACACCUUCUCCGCGGCUCCCCGUCCAGCCCCCUCGUCCCCGACCCCGGCGAUGGCGGCGGCGCAGCAGAAGCCAGCCAAGCGGCUGGGCGGCAUGGCGGAGGCGCUCGCCAUCGCCGCCGACCUCGGGUUCCCCGCCCCUCCGCCGCAGGAGGAUCAGGGUAGCACAGACAAAAGUGAUGAUUUAGUGAGGGUUUUGAGGGAACUGACUAUUGUGCAGAGGAACAUUGCCAACUUGCAAGUAGAGCUACAGGGAAGAAAGGAUGAUAAAAACAUUGCUCACUUGAUACAUGUUAGUGAGAUGGAAAAGAAGUGCGAAUCUUUGGCCAAAAUAACUGCUAUUUUGAAAGAUGUUAUUCAGAACAAGGAUCGCAUUAUUGCCCGGUUGCAACAACCUUAUUCCCUUGAUUGCAUACCUGUUGAAGCUGAAUACCAGAAACAAUUCUCGGAGCUACUUCUGAAAGCAGCAAGUGACUAUGGGGCACUGACAGCAUCGGUCGGCGAUUUCCAGUGGAGCCAAAGCUUUAGGGAGCCACCUGCUGUCUGGGGGGAAAUGCUGCGGCCGAUACCUGCUGCGCUUGCUUCCUGCACCCGGUUCUUUGAGGCCAUGUCUGCGAUGAGGGAAUCCUUCUCAACUCUUCAGAAGCUGCGCGUCGGCCAUUCCUCUCUGUCGAUGACCCCAAGCGGCUCUAGCGAAGAUUUAAAGUUCCUUACACCGGCUCAACGGAGAGACAGCUCAAUGCUUGAUAGCUGGAAGCAGGUGGAUGACAUCAACCCCGAGAGCGAUGGGCUCGACGGCGUGAACCAGAGGAGGUUGUCAUGGCCGUCCUCCAUCAAGAGGGACCCGUAGGUCACUGAUCACCCACGUUGAACUUUGUGUUUGUAUGUAGUAUACACCGUCUUGUCUAGUUUGUCUUCCAUUCUUUGUGCUUUGGGCCCGAUUGCUUGGAUCCAUUUGGCGUGCUCGAGCUAAGUGAGAGUGAUGUUAGAAAUGAGAAUUUCUCUAGAAAUGAUCUGUUAAGUUUUUUUUACUAAAAUCGAUAUUCUGGCGAAUUCAAUGUUUGCAUAAGGAUACACACUCAGUCGUCAA